AUGAUGGUGGCCAAGUGGCGAAGGUUUAACCAAGGAAGGAACAGCGAAGCUGCUCCAGAUGCACAGGAGAUUUUGGCAGGACUACUGCUGGCGCAGGCCAUGAGUCAUGGGCAAGGGAGGUCCCACAGACUUCGGAAGCCUAUUGUUGGAUUGCUUUGGAGGCAUGAACGCUUGCGUGGCAAUUUGCCAUCAGUUUGUCGAGGAGGAAGCGUUGGUAUGGGGAUGGACACCAGCUCUUCUGACCACGACAUCUUUCUGCGGUUCAAAGAUGGCGAGAAAGACAUGGUGCAGAUUUUGUACGAGGUUGUCUUGGACCUUCAAAAGCAAAAUGCAACACACGCCCGUCUGAAGCGGGCGAAGAUUGUGCGCAAAGAUUUUGCCGUGGAGAUUCAGAAUUACUACCGCUUCAGAGAUUUUGAUCUGGUACCCUACACCGUGAAGCCAGGUCCGACAGGGUUGGAAGAUUGCCAGUGGGACGAAGGUCGCAACGUCUGGCAGCGGAUUCUGCAUUCAGAUUUGACGCCCAAGCUGCAGGAACUGUCCGAGAAGCACCCCGAUGGAUUUUCGAUGACCAGACUUCUGAAGAUUUACAACGAAUCGUUGCCGCGCCUCCGUAAGUCUGGAGAGAAGAAGAAACCGCCUCUCAUCUCCUUACACAUUCCUUUGAUGGUCCUUGGAGCUCUUGAUCAGCGCAAGCUUGACAGUUGUAAGGACCCGCAGGGCUACUUUUUGGAAUCCUUGAAACAUAUCAGGCACAAUUGGGCUCGUGCUGAAGUUUGCAAGAGAUUGGAGCUGAAGCCCAUUUGCAACGCAUGA